AUGGUCAUACACUUUCUUUCCAAAGUUGAAGCUGGAAGGGGAAAACAGGAGAGCAAAGCAGCUGGUUGUGUUGUGUUUAUUAUUCCACGAAAAGAAGAAAUAAGGGCCAAAUGGAUUUCAGUCAUAAACCAUCGAGUUAAAAGACAUAGCGCAGUAUUUAGCAGACAUUUUCUAGAAAAAGAUUUUCGUUAUAAAGUGGUUGGUAACGAUGUGAGAAGUCUUUUGUUACCUACAGCUGUUCCAUCAUCCUCGUGCGUUCAUUCUGAUAGUGUUACUAUUAUAGAAAGGGAUUUAGAUUUAUCGGAAUUAAACACUGAUAAUUCAUCAAAUUUAGAUCAUAUUAGUGAAUUACCCAAGUCAAUGAAUACUAAUCAUUUGAUUGGUAGAAUAGAAAAUAUAGAUAUCAUUAAUUGUUCGACAAGUACAGAAUUAAAUUUGCAGAUGGUCAAUAACUUAUUAACGAGUAUAAACGCUUCUAAUUCUUUCGAAUAUACCAAAGACUAUAAAUUGAAUGGCUCAAAUUCUACUGUAUGCGACGAGGAUGAAUGUGUAGAAAAUGUAGAUAGUAAUAUUAUUUUUGCAACUUCUAAAUUAAGCAGAAAAACUGAUAAGUCUGAAACCACGGUAAAGGAUAUACAUAAAUGCGAUAAAACAAAAUGUCUUGGACCAGUAAAAUUUUAUGAAGAUUUAAAUUGUAUGCCAAUUUAUGAAAAUGAUGGCGACUGUUGUGCUGUUAGAUACGAUUGCUCUCAUUUAUAUAAAAGAUCAUCCGACAAAUGUUAUGCAAAUGGCAACGAAUACCCUAUCGGAGCCGCACUUAAUCAAACGGAUCGCUUGAAUCUUUGUUCGAUUGGAUGUUUUUGUAACAAAAAUGACAAAAAAGUAGCAAAGUUUACGUGUUCGGUUAUAGACUGCUUCUUCUCACGACCUCAAGCAGGAUGUUACUUUAAACGAAAAUUUGACCGUUGCUGUGAUGCAGAACAAGUGUGUCCUGAAAAUCCAGAAGAUAUACCAAAGUGCAUAGUCGAGGGAAAAACGUACACGGACGGAGAGAUAUUUUAUCCUAAAUCGGAGAACAAAUUAAUAUGCCAGUGUUUGAAUGGUUAUGCAGGUAACAAUGUCUUUCCAUAUUGUAAAAAAACAACGUGUGGAAUUGAAGAACAUUACCCCGUAAAUAUUUAUAACAAAUGUGCUCCUUUAUAUUUGAGUGAUGCGUCGACAGUUUAUAGCUGUACCAGUCAAUUCCGCUGUCAAAAGGAUACCGAUACCAUAAUUAACCAAGUUAAUACUAAUGCAGAUGAAAGCAAUGAAAUGAUUUGCGAGUUUGGCAAAAUGAAGCUACGAAUUGGAGAAGAAUUAAAUCAAUCAAAUGACUUCACUUCGAAGUGCGUGAAAUGUAAAUGCGAAGUGCCACCUACGCUUACUUGCCAACGACUUACACCAAAACAAUGCAAUGCUAAAUUUUCGCCAAAAAAUUAGAACUCCAAUUGAUUAAUCAUAUCGAAAAAAAUAUUUUUAACAUGUAACACAAG